AUGCUCGACGAAUUUGAGAUCGCCCACCUGCUCGCGCUGUCGUCGAGCCGCUUCGCGGCGUCGGAGCUCGAGGUCGGCGCGAACGACCAGCGGCGGACGUCGGAGUCGUGGAUGGUGCCGCGGACCGUCGAGCGCGACGACGCCGUCGUCGCCGGCGCCGUCAAGCGCAUGCACGCCGCCGUCGGCAUCCCGCCGCGCUACGGCGAGGCGCUCCAGGUCGCGCGCUACAACUCGACGAGAAACUACUACAAUUUCCACGCCGACAGCGCGAAGUCGACGGCGCGCGUCGCGACGGUCCUGAUCUACGUCGAACGCGCGGACGAGGGCGGCGAGACCAUCUUCCCCUUCGUGCGCAACGCGUCGUCGGCGCCGGCGACGCUGCCGCCGCCCGUCGACUUCGCGAAGCAGGUCAUCCGCGAGGACGCGCUCGACGCCUACUGCGCGUCGGACCAGCACCUCCGCCUCGCGCCGGAGCCCGGCGACGCGCUCGUCUUCUGGAACUUCCAGCCCGACCACGCGACCGUCGAGCGCGAGCGCCUGUGGCACGCGGCGUGCCCGGUGAAGCGCGGCCGCAAGGUCGUCGCGCAGCGCUGGGUCCGCUCCAUGGCCGCGGGCGAUUUGCCGCCGAGCUGGCUCGACGACUCCGGCGCCGCCGCGACCUUCUGCCCGCGGCAGCGCAUGCCCGCGGGCGAGUACACGUGCGACGACGCGGCCUGGGCCGGCUACGCGUGCGCGGACCUCGCCGCCGACGGCUACGCCUGCGCCGGGUGCAGGUGCCCCCUGGACGCGCAGCGCGGCGCGCCGUUCCGCCAGCCCUGGGACGUCGACGACCGACCGGAGCUCACCGCGGAGCUCCUCGCGGCGCUCAACUCGCCGCACAACACGACGCGCAAGGCCGCGGAGCAGGCGUUCCUCCAGCAGCAGGCGUCGAACGCGGAGGCCCUGGCGCAGGAGCUCCUCAACGCCGUCGGCGCCGGCGCGACGCUCCCCGAGCCGUCGCGCGUCAUGGCGGCGGUGCUCGCGCGGCGCUUCACGGCGCCGAUGACGUGCCGGUCCGACGCGCCGUGGGCCGCGGCCGUCGUCGCGAGCUUCCGCGAGGCGCUCUGCGCCAAGAUGCUCGGCGAGGCGUCGCCCCUCGUCGCGCGCCAGCUCUGCCACGCCGUCGCGUCCGAGGCGUCCGCGGGCGCGUGGCCGGAGGUCCUGCGGAUGGCCGGCGACGCGCUCGGGCAAAACGUCCCGGCGGUCGAGGCCGGCGACGCGUCGCGCGCGCCCGCCGCGCGCAUCUGCCUGAGCCUCGCGCGCGCCUUGGUGGAGGCCGACGCGGCCGGCGGCGACGCGGGCGCGGAGGCGCUGAGCCCGCUGCUCGCGCGCUACUGCGCCGUCGGCGACGGCGAGACGUCGACGCUCGCGGUCCGCGCGGCCUGCGCCCUGGGCGCGCGCGCCUCGGCCAAGGCGCGCAAGGCGACCGUGGGCCCCCAGCUCUGCGGGCCCUGCCUCGCCGCGACGCAGAAGCUCCUCGAGGCCGGCGACGAGUCCCGGGCCGUCGAGUGCUUCGACGCGCUCGUCGACGUCGCCGCGGACGGCGCGGCCUUCUUCGCGAAGCUCGCCGGCGAUCUGGCGCGGUUAGUCGGCGCCGCGGCGAACGCCGACGCCUUCGAGGCGACGACGCGCGGCCGCGCGCUGGAAGUGGCUUUGACGCUCUGCGAGGCCGCUCCCGCUCUCGCGCGCCGCAACGCGGCCGUCUUCGUCCAAUCUCUAGUCCCCGUCGCCGUGGGCCUGUCGCGCGCCGUCGAGGACGACGCACCGGCGGCCUGGGCGGGCCGGCCCUGCGAGCUCGCGCCGCUCGGCGAGCGCGACGACGAGAGCGACCACGCCAAGUCCGGCGACGACGCGUUGAAGCGGCUCUGCGGCGCGCUGGGCAAGCAGGUCGCGCCGGCGCUCCUCGAGUUCUGCGGCCAGGCCUUCGGGUCCGCGAGCUGGGUCGACGCGCGCUGCGGCCUCGCGGCGCUCAACGCGCUGGCUCUCGGAGCGCCCAAGGAGCUCAAGCCCCACGUCGCGACGGCCGCGGCCGUCGCGGCGCGGACCAUCGCGGCCCCGGCGUCGGACCCGCGCUGCGUCGUCGAGGCCUGCCGCCUCGUGGGCGCGUUGUCCAUGGCGACGAAGGAGGCCUACCAGCGCGCGUGCUCCGAGGACGAGAUCCCGUCGCCCGUGCCCGCCUUGGCCGCGGCGUUGGCGGACGCGGCGCGGAGCCCGCCGCGCGUCGCCGGCGCGCUCUGCGCGGCGCUGUCCGUCUUCGCCUCCGCGGGCGAGGACGACGGCGGCGACCCGGCCUACGUCGACGCGCACCUCGACGCCGUCGUGCCCGCGCUCGCGUCGACGCUCGCGCGCGUCGGCGGCGACGCGAACGCGCAAAAGGCGACGCUCGACGCCGUCGCGACGGUGGCGUCCUGCGCCGAGGGCGCCUUCGGGCCCUACUACGGGACCUUCAUGCCCACGCUGCUCGCCGCGCUCGACGCGACGGCGGACCGGCGCCACGUCGACCAGAUCGCGGCCGUCCGCGCGCGCGCGAUCGACUGCGCGGCCGUCGUCGGCGCCGCCGUCGGCGUCGACACCUUCGCCGCCGACGCGCCCAAGGUCCUCGCGGCCAUCGCGGGCGACCUCGGCGCCGCGGGUCCCCAGCAGGGGGGCGACGACGUCGACGCGGACCUGCCCUUGUCCGUACUCCUGCCCGCGGCCGUGUCCGUCGUCAAGACCUGCGGCGGCGCGGCCGUCGACGCCUACCUCGAGGCCAUCGCGGCGCCGCUGCUCGCCGCGGCGACGGCCGUGCCCCAGAUCUCGCACGCGCCGAACGUCGGCGGCGACGACGCGGGCCGCAAGGAGGAGGACGGCACGUACUCCGUCGUCAUGGGCGACCUGCGCAUCACCGUGGACCUGCGGGCCUUGUGGGCCAAGGAGAAGGCGUCGGAUUUGCUCGGCGAGCUCGCGGACGCCUGCGGCGAUUGCCUGCCGUCCGCGGCGGCCGUCACGUUCGCGGAGGCGCUCGCGCCGCUGGCGACGUUCGUCGGCUCCGAGUCCGUGCGGUCCACGGCGUCCCUGAGCCUGGGCCAGGUCGUCGGCGCGGCCGUCGCGCGCCUGCGCAAGCACCCCGGCGAGCCGGGGCUGCUGGAGAGCGCGGGCGCGCUCGCGGCGGCCGCGCUGCGGACGGUGUCGGACGCGGCCCAGAAGGAGACCGCGGACGACGCGCGGCCCAUGCACGUCCAGGCCGUCGCCGACGUCCUCGAGCACGUGGGCCAGAGCCACCCCGGCGGCCUCGAGGCCGGCCUCGCCGCCGCCCAGGCGUCCGGCGGCUCGCACGCGCCCUUGGGCCGCUUCCUCGACGACGCGUAUCUGGACGGGCUCGCGCAAACCCUCCUCACGCUGGCGACGGCCUCGACGCAGCGCCGCGACGCCAUCGAGAAGGACCUGGCCAACGACGACGCCUACGACGCCGAGGGCGAGGACGCGGACGUGCUCCAGGAGGCCGUCGAGUCGGAAGAGGCGCUCCAGACGAACGUCGUCAACGCGCUCGGCUGGGCCUUGAAGCUCAAGCGCGACGCCUUCGCGACGUCGACCUUCGCGGCGCGCGUCGCGCCCUACUACGGGCCCAAGAUCCAGGCGCCGGACCCCGCGGAGCGCGAUUUCCACGCCGCUCUGUGCGUCUUCGUCGACGUCGUCGACCACGCGCCGGCCGCGCCCGCGGCGGCCCAGGCCGCGCCCCUCGUCCUCGCCAUGUCCCUGAAGAUCCUGAGCCAGGGCCUGGGCGGCGCGGACCUCCGGGCGACGGCGGCCUACGCGGUCGCGGUCGUGUCGCGGUCGCCCUUGGGCGAGGAGCUCGUCCGGUCCACCACCCAAAACAACCCCCAGGCCGCCGCGGACCUGCUGCGCUCCGUCGCCGACGCGGCGCCGCGGCCCGAGGACGACGACGACGACGACCCGGACGCGGCCGCGCGCGUCGCCGAGAACGCCGCGAACGCCGUGAAGGCCAUCGUCGACGCGGUCUACGGCGGCGCGGCGCCCGAGCGCGCGCCGCUCCUCGGCUGGUGGCUCGCGAAGCUGCCCCUCACGGCCGACGACGAGGAGGCGCGCCGGGCCCACAAGGACCUGGCGUCCCUCGUCGAGAGCCGCGACGCCGCGCUCUUCGGCGACGCCGCCAACGUGUCGACGGCCGCCGCGCGCCUCGCGGACGCGCUCGCGGACUACGAGGAGCACGGCGACACGCCCUCCAAGCCCCCGGCGGCCCAGCUCGACGCGUCCACGGCGCCCCGGGCCGCCCGCGCGCUCAAGAGCCUCAACGCGGACCACCCGGCGUCCGUCCAGGCCGCGUACGCGGGCCUCGCCGCGCCCGCCCAGGCCGCGCUCCAGAAGGCCUGCACGGCCUGA